CUUGUUCUUCCACUGAGAGCUUGUGCGGUAUACCGGCUCAUCCGUACAGCUGAGACCAUGUCGCCGCGCUUCUCUUGACCUGUGCUCUUAUAAAUCCCCGUGGGGGGAGCCGUUUCCUCUCAUUGAAACCGGGUUUCGUCGUGCGAGAUGUUUGAUCUGGAAGGAGGCUGGAACAUUUCUUUCGCCGGCUGCGGAUUCCUUGGUGUUUACCACGUCGGGGUAGCGAGCUGCAUCCAGGAACAGGCUCCUUACCUGAUACGGGACGCCAACAAGAUCUACGGGGCGUCCGCCGGAGCCCUCACAGCCGCCGCAGUGGUAUGCGGGGCACCGCUAGACAAAUGUUGCGCAGAUGUUAUGGAAGUGGCUAAAGAAGCUAGAAAAAGAAAUCUAGGACCUCUACACCCAUCCUUCAACCUGGUAAAAAUAAUAAGGAAUGGACUGUUCAGGAAUCUUCCUGAAAAUGCCCAUCUGUUAGCCACGGGCAGGCUCUGUAUUUCUCUUACCCGAGUGUCUGAUGGUGAGAAUGUGCUGGUGUCAGACUUCAACUCCAAGGAGGAACUCAUUCAGGCUUUAAUCUGCAGUGCUUUUGUUCCAAUUUAUUGUGGGCUCAUUCCACCGUCUUUUCGAGGGGUGCGUUAUGUUGAUGGAGGGAUCAGCAACAACCUGCCUCAAUAUGAAUUGAAGAAUACAGUAACAGUAUCUCCAUUCUCAGGAGAAAGUGAUAUCUGUCCUCGAGAUAACACCAGCAAUUUCCACGAACUGCGAGUCACUAACACCAGCAUUCAGUUCAGUUUGGGAAACCUGUACCGUCUGACUCGAGCACUUUUCCCUCCUGAACCCAAGGUGCUUGGAGAAAUGUGUCAUCAGGGUUAUAGAGAUGCACUCCGAUUCCUCAGAAGAAAUGAUCUGCAUAACAUCCCAAAUCUAGAUGACUUGACCUCUGCGGCAUCAGUGAGAGCAGUAGACACGUGCUCUGAGAAUGAUGGCUUGUGUAACAGUGAAGUCCCAUUAUCAUUGGAGAAGGCAUCGACGGCUGUAGACAAAUCUUCAACAGUAACUUCCAAAUCUAAUAACAAGUCGCUGCAGAUAAAGCGUUGGUCAUUGGCUCUAGAUGAGAGGAUAAUAGAAAAUCUACCUCCAACAAUUUGUAAUGCUUUGUAUGAAGCUUGUAAAGAGAAAAGUGGCCUAUAUGCACAGCUUAGUAACCUCUUUCUGGUUAGAAUGGCAUCCUAUGCAAUGCUGCCUUACACAUUACCAUUGGAGUCUGCCUAUUCGUUUUGCUGUAGAUUGUUGGAAUGGCUUCCUGAUGUCCCAGAAGAUGUAUGUUGGAUGCGUGAACAAUUGGGUAUUAUUGGUGGUGUACUUUAUCAUCGAGCAACCAAACAGUUUGGCCUGCAGCGUCAUUGUAGUACUCAAACAAAUGUUCCUCUGAGAAAAUGCUGCAGUCUUCCAUCGCACACAAACCAAUACCAGGCCUAUCUUGUGUCUCAUAUCUCAUCUGUGGAUCUUGAAUCCUGGCAUUGUACUAUUCCUAUUUCUCCAGAAAGACCAAUACAGGAGUCUGCUGCCUUACCAGAGAAGAGUCUGGGGACUUCUGGCAACAACAGGCAUUCCUUCACCAGCUUGGAUAAUUCUCUAAGUGUUAAUGGCAUCUAGUUCUCCUUUCAGGGAAAAUGCUGCAACACUGCUCUAUGGACCAAUGAAAUUAAAAGCUGUACAAGGGCCUUUUUCCCACAAUAAUGAGAUUUUUACUUGGCCAUAGGAAACCUAGAUUAUCUGUUCUCAUAUUAACAUUAAAACCACUUUUAAACCUGAUUAUACAAUUCAAUUUUCACACUAAUAACUAACUGACUUGAGGAUUUUAAUGUACUGGCUGAUUUGUGCUUCAAUCUAACGAACUGAAAUCCAGUGAAGUGAAAUUAGUUUACAGUGCAUUGAUCAGCUCUAAACUAUUUAUGGUUCAAAAGCCUGGAUAGAUAUUUAUCAUUUUAAUUUUAAAAAUAUUUUUGCCUUCUAAAUUAUUUAUGUAUUGUAGAAUCUUCUGACAAUUACAUUCAAUAUUGAUCCAACUUGUUCAGGGGAGAAAGAAGUAACAUCAGUCUCUUGCAUUCCUUUUUAAAAUUUAUCUGUAAAUCUAGUUUGUAUUUGUUUAUUAAAGAC